AGGCUCCUCCUCCCUCAGUCUGCCGGCGCCGUCCGUACCGCUCGCAGCUCGGCGCCCCUCCGCGCUCCGCCCCGGCCCCGCUGGGCCGCGAGGUGACGCUCGCCGCUCGCGAGUAACAAGUGGUCGUCGCGAGUGUGUGGCUCUCAUAUGGACUGAACUGGAUUAUACUGCCGCCCGGAGGAGAGUGGUGUGGUGGUGGUGUGUGUGUGUGGGGGCUUGAGUAGACCGUGUCGCUGCACUGCUCGCCGUAGACGUUGUUGGCCGCGGCAGCAGCUGCAGCUGGGUGCCAUGGGCGGUGGGGCCCGCGGCCGCCUCCUCGGCCGCCACCUCGGCCCGGCCGCGGCGAGGUGAAGCCCCCCGAGCACCAUGCCGCCGUCCCGCCGGCUGGCCGCGUGGCUGGCCGUCUGGCUGGCCGCGCUCUGCUCGCCGUGCCUCGGCCACUUCAACCUGUUCCUCAGCCAGGACGAGGUCACCAGGCUCAUGGGCACGAGGUACGAGCUGUACUACGUCCGCGACGGCGUGGUCAACACGUACGCCCUGAGCUUCAAGGUCCCCGUCCAGGCGGCCAUCCAGAACCUGACCUUCCACUGGCUGGCGCUGGCUAAGCAUCCGGUUCUGUACCAGUUCCGAAUGGAGGUUGGCGACAAGGAGGCCAUGGACCCGCCCACCCUGGACAUCCCGACGCGCGGCCGGCUGCCCGACUUCGUCGAGACCUUCAAGGUGCACCUGCCGUGCACGGGGCGCAAGGCGGCCGAGGUGGACGUGCUGAUCCAGCUCAACAUCACGACCAAUAUCAAAAAGCACAACGACACGGUGCUCAACUUCGUGCGUAAGAAGAUCUGCCUUUUCGAUGACCGGCCGCGCGCUCCGCAUCCCAACGAGAUCGGCCACCAGUCGGCGGCCGGCGGCGCCGCGGGGGCGGCCGGGGCGGCGGGGGUGGCCGCGGGAGCCGACGCUGCCGCCGGCGGCCACGGAGGCGGCGGCGGCAGUGGCAGCGGUGACGGCUGGCGGCCCGUGCUCCUCGAGGCCACGGAGGGCCUGUACGCCACGGGGGGCAUCGCCGGAGCGCUCUUCGUGCUCUCAUCCUUCCUCAUGGUGCUCGUCUGGAAGCGCCGCAGCACGUCCAAGAUGCGACCCCAGGAAUGCCAAUACACCAGCUACGCCAGCGCGUACGGCUCCCCGCCCAGCGUGCUCGUCAGCAAGCCGCCGCUGCCGGGCUCGGGCCGCGGCGCCCUGGGGCCCUUCAUCGGCGCCGUCAACUCGGACAGCGACUGCGGCUCGUACGCGACCAUCGCGUCCUUCCACAAGGUCGGGCUGGGCUCGGCGCUGGGGCUGGGCUCCGUGCUGGGCUCGACGCUGGGCGGCUCGGCGCUGGGAGGUUCGGCCUUGGGCGGCUCCUCGGUGCUCGGCGGCUCGGCCUCCCGCGUCCUGGGCCCGUCGAGCCUCGCGAGCGGCUCGCUCACCAAGAGCACGCGCGCGGGGUCGCCGUACGCGGCCUCGCCCUACGCCACCUCGGUGGUGGCCACGGGCGGCAGCGGCGGCGGCGGGGGCGGCGGCUCGGUCAUCACGAGGCUGUACUCGCCCACGCCGCCCACGCCGCAGACGGAGAGCGCCUACUCGUCGUACUCGUCCUACUGCCCGCGCAGGGUCGCCUACUACGCCGCCUCCAGCGUCAACUCGUUCUGCAAGCCUUCGGUGAGCCCCAUGGUGGACGCCCGCCUGCGCGAGCCCCUCAACAGGGUCCGCCUGCUGUCCGUGCCCAGGGCCACCCUGGAGUCGCAGACCCUCCUGUACGAGGGCACCUUCGGCCAGGUGUGGCGCGGCGCCUGGCGCGCGCGGCCCGGCCACCAGGAGGACGUGAUCAUCAAGACUGUCUCGGAUCAAGCCUCGGAGCUGCAGAUCUCGGUGCUGCUGUCUGAAGGGCUGCUCCUUGCCGGCCUCAGCCACGAGCACAUCCUCGCGCCGAGGGCCGUGUCCGUCGAGGCCGGCAACCGGCCCUUGCUCGCCUACGCCGUCGGCGCCAAGUACGGCAACCUCAAGAGGUUCCUGAUCCACAGCCGGUCUGGCGGAGAGGGCCACUUCGCCAUCCUGACGAAGGACAUGGUGCACAUGGCCAUGCAGGUGGCGCUAGGCGUGGCGUUCCUGCACACGAACCGCAUCUGGCACCGGGACAUCGCCACCCGAAACUGCAUGUGAGUGCGACGGCGCGGCCUCGACGGCGUCCUUGUUGUGACAGGGUCCGGGACAAACGACCAGGACCCCCCCGCUCCUCAUCCCCUCGCUCCACCCC